GUGUGCACAAGGGCGUCUCCAUGGCGACGAGAGGUGUCUUCAAGGCGCCUCGUUAAGGAGCGAGCAGCGGCAUUUUAAAAGUCAUCUUUUACGGGAUAAACGCCGUACUUCCAUUAAAGCAAAAGGGCGUCGGCGGUGGGUUUCGGAGCGGGGUGUCCCGGCUGGCCUGCUGCCUUACAUGGGCAAACCUCCGAACUGACGCGCCGCUUGGAAUUUCACCCGCGUGACGUCACCGGCCACAACUCUCCCAGAAUUUGGAUCGGGGAGUUCGGCCGCUUUUUGCUGGGAUUCUGCCCGCCGCCUGAUUCCCUCCGAAGCCAAGGGGCCGUGUCGUGUUGUGUUGUGUUGUGUUGAUCCUGCCACCACCUUGUCUGAAAGUCAGAGCCAUGUGGAACCAAGGGGACAGUGGCGAGCAGACGGGUCAGGUGACCGCCAGGAUGGAGACCACGCCGUCGCUGGGGAGCGCCAGCAUCUCCGUCUCCCAGCAACAGGCGCCCAAGAAGUUUGCCCCCAUGGUGGCGCCCAAGCCCAAGUUCAACCCGUACAAGCACGCGGGAGAAGCCGCCUUCUCGGAGCCCGCGGCGGACUACCCUCUUCCUCCGCCGCCCGCAGAAGACGCCAGCCGCCUCCCGUCCUCCUUCCCUCCUCCCCCGCCCGCCAACUCCUACGAUUACCAGGUGGGAGGAGCCGAGAAGACGCUGGAGGAGCGACGCUCGAGUCUGGACGCUGAGAUCGAUUCUCUCACCAGCAUCCUGGCAGACCUGGAGAGCAGCUCACCUUACAAGCCUAGACCCGCCCAGACCACUGGACCCUCCACCGUGUCCACCCCCAGCGCCCCAGUGACGGGCUACAGGCGCAUGGUCAUACCCACCCAGCCGCCUCUGACCGCCACCAAGAAGUCCACGCCCAAACCUCAGGCCCUGGGUAGCGGCGGCGGUUCGUACACGCUCCCGGCCAAGCUUCAUCAUCAAAGCCCGGCGGCGUCUCAGCCGGUGGCCGCCUCCUACGCCACCGCCUCCACGCCCAGCCAGCCCACCUUCAACGUCCAGGUGAGGUCUGCCCAGCCCAGCCCGCAGCACCAGGCGCCCGGCGGGCAACACCUCGGCCAGCAGCAGCAGCAGCAGCAGCCGCCGCGCGGCCCCGCCCAGGUGCAGUACGCCCAGCCCAAAGGACCCGACUUCGCCUACGGGCCGCCUCAGCCCGGCUUCUCCCCGCCGACUCAGGGCGUCUACCAGGAGCAGCACCAGCAGGGCUCCAGGAGGGCGGACGCCUACCAGGCGGCAGGACCCAAGAAGACCUACAUCACGGACGAGCCGCAGAACCUGACCCCGUACAUGUCUGGACCUGUGGUCCCACCAAAGAGCGCCGUCCCCGUGGCCCACCCCGAGGACGAGCUGGAGCGCCUGACCAAAAAGAUGCUCUUUGACAUGGACAACCCUCCGUCAGAGGAAUACUUUGGGCGCUGUGCCAGCUGCGGGGAGAACGUGGUGGGCGAGGGCACCGGCUGCACGGCCAUGGAGCAGGUGUUCCACGUGGACUGCUUCGUGUGCAUGACCUGCAGCAGCAAGCUGCGCGGCCGGCCCUUCUACGCCGUGGAGAAGAAGGCCUACUGCGAGCCCUGUUACGUGAACACCUUGGAGACGUGCACCAUCUGCAUCAAGCCCAUCAUGGAGCGCAUCCUGCGGGCCACGGGCAAGGCGUACCACCCUCACUGCUUCACCUGCGUGGUUUGCCACCGCAGCCUGGAUGGCGUCCCUUUCACCGUGGACGCCUCCAACCACAUCCACUGCAUCGACGACUUCCACAAGAAGUUUGCUCCUCGCUGCUGUGUGUGUUCAGAGCCCAUCAUGCCUGCUCCCGGCCAGGAGGAAACGGUUCGUAUCGUGGCCCUGGACCGUGACUUCCACGUGCACUGUUACCGCUGUGAGGACUGCGGCUCCCUGCUGUCGGAGGGUGACAACCAGGGCUGCUACCCUCUGGACGGCCACGUGUUGUGCAAGAAGUGCAACUCUGAUCGUAUCCAAGCUCUGACCGCCAAGACCACCACUGACCUCUGAACGACUCCGCACACAACUGUGACCAACUUUCGAUCGCUCUGUU